CCCUCCUUGCCUCGAACAGUCGGCCCGUCAAUCAAGGGCUCUCUCGACCAAUCAAAAUCACUGGCCUGCCCUCUUCGUCGUCGUCGUCAGGCGACGCUAAUGCCGCUUUCCUCUGGCGCGGUCCUUCCUCCGCGCAUGCGCACCGGCUGUAUGUCCCGUUCGUAUUCGCACUCCUCCUCUUCAAGAUGGCGGCGGCCACGGGCGGCGAGGCGGUUUGUGGCGACGGACCGGGCAAAAGGGCGCACCUGGGCAUCCCGGAGGCCGUCUUCGUCGAAGAUGUAGACUCCUUUAUGAAACAGCCAGGAAAUGAGACGGCAGACAUAGUGCUCAAGAAGCUGGAUGAACAGUAUCAGAAAUAUAAGUUUAUGGAACUUAACCUUGCCCAGAAGAAAAGAAGGUUAAAAAAUCAGAUUCCAGAAAUUAAGCAAACAUUAGAAAUCUUAAAACACAUGCAAAAGAAAAAGGAAUCUACAAACCUAAUGGAAACCAGAUUUUUAUUGGCAGAUAACCUCUAUUGUAAAGCUUCAGUACCUCCUACAGACAAAGUUUGUCUCUGGUUAGGGGCCAAUGUAAUGUUGGAGUAUGAUAUCGAUGAAGCCCAGGCGUUGCUAGAAAAGAACCUCUCCACAGCCACAAGAAACCUGGAGUCUCUAGAGGAAGAUCUGGAUUUUCUUAGGGAUCAGUUCACUACUACAGAAGUCAAUAUGGCUAGAGUUUAUAACUGGGAUGUAAAGCGAAGGAACAAAGACGACCCUUCCAAAAGCAAAGCAUAGUUCUGCCAGUUUUAAAAAAACAGUUCUGAUUUUCAAAGUAUUUUUUUAUUUUUCAAAUGCCCCGUCGGGUUCAUCUUUCAACAGACUGUUUAAUUUAAUCACUUCGGUUGAGAACAUAAAACACCUAAAGUAACGGUGAGCCUCUUAUUUAUUUGCAAGCCUUACUCAGUUCUGUGCAUGCUACAUGAAAUUAUGGCUGGCUGGGGAGACGAGCCACAAGGGAUUUGGCGCUAACAAACCUGUCAUAAGGAAAUCCUGAAAAGGCGACAUGCAUGAUGGAGACUAUUCCAUUUUAGCAGGGGUUGUUUUUAUCUGCUUGGUGAGAGAGGUCAGCAAAAUCCGGCAAGGAGAAAAAUGUAGUAGCAGAAUGGGGAACCUCGUGUUCAUUGCACUCCUACUCUUUUGGUUUUGCUGUUCGAACCUUUCCCAAUUCUGUUCUACAUUUAGCUUUACAUACCUCACACAGAGAAAGGAUGAAACCGUUGAAUAAACCGUGCUACCUGUAUGUUGUCUUACUCAGUUCUGUGUUACCAUAAAUAUCCCGUUUAUUCAUCUGAGUUUAUACAAUUGGGGGCAUCCAGAUGCUAACCGCCUGCUGUGUUUGGUCAGCACACUUGCCGUCCCUUGUCUCAUUCGGAUGUCUUAAUGCUUGCAAAGACACCUUGGUGAAACCUGCAUUUAGACAUGGAUGGUGUAUUUCAGCCUUGCUGCAGUUGCUAACAGGUGGAACGUUAUUCCCAUGCUGCUUAUUAUGAAGCUUUGCAAAAGUGUUGCCUUGACACCUCUCCGUAUUUUCUUUCCCCCGAAACUGCGCUGCACACCUGAUGAUGGUCAAAUUAGUGGCAUAGCUGGCAAUGCAGGUUUCACUUCAGAAUUAAAAGCAAAUGUUAACUGUGUUCUAGUUUCAUGUAAUAAAUAAUUCCUGUAAAGUUUUUUGUACUUUUAUUUCAUUAUAUUAAAGACGGUGAAACUUGAAAUGCU